AUGGCUUGGCCCAAGUGCUCGAACGACAGGGGACGGAUCAUGGCGGACUUCGCGAUCCGUCCAUCGAUCGACGCCUUGUUGCCCGACAAACGACUCCUGAUAAAGAGAUUUCGGCAGGCUGGAUCGAACACCGUUGAAACUGGUCAACAACUGUGCAUCGGCGAUUUCCGAACGUUCAGCCUUUAUCGGCUGCGUUCGGAUUUCCCGGUGCUCACGUACACACACACACACACACCCAUAUGUCGCCCAUUGAAGACUGCUGUUUCGAAACGGGAAAAAGUGGAAGUGAUAGCGAUAAUGACAGUCCGGAAACAAUAG